ACAAUCCCGGAAGUUUACCCGACCAGGAGUCGUCAUAUGACUGAAUAAAAAUGGCUGCGGUUCAGUGGCAUUCUCGUAGCCGCAAAUAUGACGCCGAGCUACAGAGCUGUCGUCUGGAGGUCUUGCCUGUGGAGUUCGGCGACUAUCAUCCCCUCAAACCCAUUACAGUGACAGACUCAGGGAAGUCACGUCGUGGGGGGCGUAAAGGUAGCACAUCCUCCUCUUCCUCGUCCUCCAGCUCUGUGGCCCUGGAUCCAUUGAGCUCCAUGUUGGACGGAACAGAUCCCCUGUCCAUGUUUGCAGCUGCCAGUGAGACCCCCACCCUGUCACACAGCAGCUCCACCGGAGAUUUGGGGAGAAAGAGGAGGGAGAAGGAACAAGAGGAAGAUGUGGGCAUAAACUUUGAGCCCUGGUCAUCCAAACGUGGAGAGAUCCUGGCCAGGUUUACCACCAAUGAGAAACUCUCCAUUAAUCUAUACAUGGGCUCUGACAAAGGUAAGGCUCCUAGUCCCGGCUCCUCCGCUGUCUCAGAGAAGGUGCGCACCCGUCUUGAGGAGCUGGAUGACCUGGAAGAAGGCUCCCAGAGGGAGCUUCUGAACCUGUCCCAGCAGGACUAUGUCAACCGCAUCGAAGAACUCAACCAGAACCUGAAGGAGGCUUGGUCCUCAGACCAGAAGGUCAAGGCCCUGAAGAUUGUUAUCCAGUGCUCCAAGCUGCUUUCGGACACCUCAGUCAUCCAGUUUUACCCCAGCAAGUUUGUCCUCAUUACUGACAUCCUGGACACAUUUGGGAAGCUGGUGUAUGACAGAAUCUGGUCAAUGUGCUCUGACCCUCGACCCCUGUCAGACUCUUUCACUGCUGAUGAAGUGAACGACACUGCCAAGGAGACCUGUCUCAACUGGUUCUUCAAGAUUGCCUCCAUUAGGGAACUCAUCCCUCGACUAUAUGUUGAGGCGGCCAUCUUAAAAUGUAACCGUUUCCUGACCAAAUCGGGUAUCCAAGAGACGCUUCCUCGUCUCACAGCCAUGAUCCGGGGCAUAGGAGACCCCCUUGUGGCUGUCUAUGCCAGGGCCUACCUCUGCAGGGUGGGGAUGGAAGUGGCGCCUCAGCUGAGGGACAGCCUGAACAAGAACUUCUUUGAUCUCCUGGAAACCUUCCGUCAGAUCCACGGGGACAGUGUUCAAAACCAGUUGGUUCUGCAGAGGGUGGAGGUCCCUGUCUACCUCACCCUCUACUCACCUGCCAUCAACUGGAUCCUCCAGUGUGUUGCCUACAAGGCACCAGAGGCUCUGCUGACUGAGAUGAUGGAGAGGUGCAAGAAGCUGGGAAACAAUGCCUUGCUUCUGAACUCGGUGAUGUGGGCGUUCAGGGCGGAGUUUGUGGCGACAAGGGCAACAGACUUUAUCGGCAUGAUCAAAGAAUGUGACGAGGCGGGUUUCCCCAAGCACCUGUUGUUUGGCUCGUUAGGUCGAAGUCUUGCCUGUGCAGACCCUUCGGAGCCUGAGAGACUGCCCAUCCUCAACGAGGCCUGGAAGGUCAUCACUAAAGUCCGCAGUCCCCAGGACUACAUAAACUGUGCCGAGAUCUGGGUGGAGUUUACCUGUCGUAACUUCACUAAACGUGAGGUCAACACAGUUCUCUCUGACAUCAUCAGACACAUGACCCCAGACCGUGCUUUUGAGGAUGCCUAUUCACAGUUGCAGUCUGUGAUCAGGAAGAUCCUCACCUACUUUACGGACUUCUCAGUCCUCUUCUCCAUGGAGCGUUUCCUGCCUUUCCUAGACAUGUUCCAGAAGGACAGCGUCAGGGUGGAGGUCUGCAAGUCCAUCAUGGAGGUCUUCAUCAAACACCAGUUGGAGCCCACCAGAGACCCGGUCAUCCUCAACGCUCUGUUGCACGUCUGCAAGACCAUGCACGACUCGGUCAAUGCUCUGACUCUGGAGGAUGAAAAGAGAUCUCUGGCACUGCUGAUCAAUGGUUUCAUCCGCAUGGUGUCGUUUGGUCGGGACUUUGAGCAGCAGUUGAGUUUCUGUGUGGAGGCCAGAGCUACCUUUUGCAACCUGGAGCCUGUCCUGGUGCAGCUCAUACAUACGGUUAACCAGUUGGCCAUGGAGACCAGGCGUGUGAUGAGGGGGAAUCACUCCCGCAAGACAGCUGCCUUUGUCAGGGCAUGUGCUGCCUACAGUUUUAUCACCAUUCCAUCCCUCACCAGCAUCUUCAGUCGUCUCAACCUGUACCUGCUGUCAGGACAGGUGGCUCUGGCCAACCAGUGUUUUUCCCAGGCCGACGCGUUCCUGAAAGCGGCGGUGAGCGUGCUUCCUGAGGUUCCGCGCAGCAUCAGCAUCGAGGGCAAGCAGCGCUCCUCCGAGAGCUUCCUGCUCGACUUCAUCAACAACUUCCUGUCCACGCUUCUUGUCGUCCCGGACCACCCAGAGCAGGGGGUGUUAUAUCUGGUGCGAGGUCUGCUGAAUAUGGUACAGGACUACACUUGGGAUGACAGCGGUGAUGCUAAGAUCCGUGUCUACAUCAGCGCUCUACCCCUGCUGGCGGCCAUGAGCCAGGAGAGCUACCUCUACUCUAUCCCAAAAGUGGACUCGAAUGAGACCCUGUACGGAGGAGAUCCCAAGUUUGUGGCUGAGAUCAACAAGCUGUGUGAGACUCUGAUUGGCCAGGUGCUGGACCACCUGAAGACCCUGGGGAGAGAGGAGGGUGUUCGUCGUCAGGGUAGCCUGGCCUUCUCCCUAUUCGGCUACAUGCUGGCCCAUGGAGACCUAAGGAACAACAAGCUCAACCAGCUGGCCGUUAACCUGUGGAACCUCAGCCACAAGCAUGGCCAUUGCGACACACGCACCUCCGUGCGAACUCUGGACUUCAUCAAGCACCAGGGCCAGCAGCUAGAUAUGGCCCACAUCUCAGACAUGGUCCAGAGACUCACCUUGCAGACACGCACCUGAACAACAGGGAACCUGAGCACAGGAGGGCGGGCGGGCCAUGUUUCCUGGCAUGCCUUUCCUAGAUUCACAGAAACAUGCACGGCGAUUGUACCUGCUAUAUUGUCAUUGUAUUUAAAAAUAUACUAGCCUUAUAAAUAUUUGAUAAUUCAUAUCGUGCCAUUAAGCUUCUUUGUACUUCAGUGUUCUUGUUUAUGUAUUUGUAUGAAUUGAUGUAUCUUCAUGCUGCACUAACAUUUUCUAAAUGAUCAAGUCUGGAUGUAAAAUCAGUAAAACAAAUGAAACAUGAUUUUUCUGGGCAAAUGUUUUAGUUGUGGUGCAUCCUCCACUGUGUCCAGCAGAGGGGGUGAAGGAGAGCCAACUUGGAGACAGAAGAUAUUCAUUAGUUGUGUUUAUUUACUCAAGUAGUGAUAUUUCAAAGGCAAACAACCCCCAUUUGCAUUCACAUGAAAUUAUCAAAAACAAAAUGGUAUGAUUGAUCAACAUGCUGGCUUGGUCAGCCAGAGCCUAGGUGUAAUAGCCUUUGGUCAGAAUUGUAUGCCAACUUUGUUCUUAGACAUUUUGCACACCCAACACACACACACACACACACAGCUCACAUACAGUAAGGACUUGUACAUUCACGGCUCGUUAAUGCUGUUAGGCUACCUGUUUUGUCUGGUGGUAAGCUAGUGCAUUGAACCAAUGCUUGUAGUUGUAAGAUAGUACAAUGAUACCCUUAUCUUGACAUGGACGUCACAUGGUUGUCAUGUCACAAAAUCUCCACACGAUGUAAUAUGUUUAUUGGGAGAUUCACCCACAACUUCUAAAGUAAUUUUAUUUUCAAGACAGACCAACACAAAAGUGAAAAACCUGUAUUCGUCACACAACACAAUUGUCCCCCUCGUCAAUGUGAAUCCAUGAGGUUAUGACUACUGAAAACUCUACACUGAGAUAUAAGCAGGAUACUGUCUGAAGACAGGCUUGAAGAAUACAAUAUGUUUUGCAAAACAAUUCUACUGUAUGUUGGAAUAAAGGAAUAUACAUGAAAUAAAAGCAGGUAUAAUGAACAACCUUCCCGGGAUAAUUUCAUACAAAAUUGUUAUACAACAGGGAUGAUUUUAUUAAGUUAAAUUUGUUCAUUCUGGUUUUAACUAACAUUUGGAUCAAAAACAAUAGAGCAGUCAACUGCUUUAAACCAAGUGAAAAUGUAAUGUUAAGGGAGUAGAAGGCAUCCUCUGUAAAAGACAAACAGACUUGCAUUCACAUGAGCAUGCCUUUGACAUUCGUUAUCACAUUCUCGCACGCACACACACACUGCAUACACUCCUACGGACACAGGGUAUACGAUCCGACCAUGCCUGGUUUGUAUACAUAUUCACUUGUGUCGAUCUGAACAAACAUGUAGUCAGUCUCCCAUGUGGUAACAGAUGUGAAGUGAUCAGUCCGGUUUCUCAGGACUUCCUACAGGACGUGAACCGCCGUGAACACGACAGCGUCCUGGAUGCAGCCCAGUUCUAAACAAGCUGACAGCUGUAUAAUAGAUAAUGAAGUCUCUCCACAGACUCUCGACCAUGCAUUUCAUCCCAUCGCCUUAGCACAAUGAUUAUUGUUAUUGAACAUUUACAUGGACAACAAGUUAAUAAUAACUCUGUAAUACAAACUUCCACCAGCGCCCAUGGUGGUUGCCAUGGUUGCCACAGAGACAUAGACAGCCUUCACUACAAGAAUCAAAAGGGCAGGGUUACUGAGUACAUUUAUAACAGAAAUGAUGAAAACGGAGCCAUUGUGUCUCUCUGUCCGUGUAAAUGAAAGAAACGAACAAAGCCCAAAAAGGAGAACGGGAAAGAUGGAGGGAUGACAGCUGCCACUUUUGAAACCAUACCCCUACACUGAAAAUGUCCAAACACUAAAAGAAACAAAACGAUGAAAACAAA